AGGCGUAUUCCUCAACAGAAAGAAAAAAAGAUCUUAACGCCAAUCAUCCGCGACGCCAGAAGCCGACGCACACAGCAACAGCGCAAGCGAGCGCAGCCAAAGAAAACAGUAAUGGCCACGGCGACGGCCCUCUCCCUGAGCGGCGGAGGCCGCGGCGGCUGCGGCAGCUCGCUCCUCCGCAGGUACACGGCCGGGGCAGGGCGGUGCCGUGCCUUCCCCCGCUCGCGAUGGAGGCCGCCGCGCCUGGCGGCCUCCCGUGCUGACGACUCCUCGCCGGCGCCGUUCGAGAUGACCGUGGAGGGCGCGCUGAAGCUGCUCGGCGUAGCCGAGGGCGCGUCCUUCGAAGAAAUCCUGCGCGCCAAGAACGCCGUCCUCGCCACCUGCAAGGACGACCAGGACGCCGUCGCCCAGGUUGAAGCUGCCUAUGACAUGCUGCUUAUGCAGAGCUUAUCGCAGCGGAGGGCAGGAAAGGUUGCUGAUAGCAGCAUCCGCUAUGCUGAUGUCAAAACUGUAAAAAGUGCAGGAGCAGGAACAGUCCCACAGUGGAUGCAGGCAACCAUGAAGAAUGUGCCUGUUACAUUUGAGGCUCCAUCUUCGAGCAGCUUGGGCAUCCAGUCAUGUGUUUAUGGUGCACUGAUGGUUUUCACCUAUGCUAGCGGAAGCUCAACAUCUUUACCAUCAGCUUACACUAGCCCUGGUGUGCCCGGAUUUAUCCUAGCAACAGGAUUUGGUGCAUCACUGUAUUUCCUGGCAAAGAAAAAUAUGAACUUAGGCAAGGCUGCAUUGAUCACCGUCGGGGGACUUGCAGCAGGUGCGACUGUCGGAUCUGCUGUGGAGAAUUUCCUGCAGGUUGAUAUCGUACCCUUUCUAGGCAUCCACUCCCCCGCUGUCAUUGUCAGUGAAUUUAUUCUGUUCUCCCAAUUGUUGGUAUCGCUGUUUGUUAGGUAGGAUCUGAAAUCAAGCUGUCAACCUGGCAUGUAAUUAACUGAAAUGGAUUAAUUUCAAAGAGUCAGGAAAAUGCUUAUUUUCCAUACAAGAUGGAAGCAGCUGUGUAUAGCAAACAAUACAUCGACAUCUCUGUCCCUUAUAAAAGAUCACCCGUAUCUAGUUCUCUCAAGCUCAAUCUCAAUGUUUCUUAAAGAAACUUGUAUGGAUUACGGAAUGUGGAAUGUAAAUUUGCAUUUUCUGACAUCAAACUAGAUCAUUAAUCC